AUGAGAGACUGUACUAUUGGAAAGUUCAUCACCAGUAGCAAGAAUGAUUUGGUGGUUUCUUAUGACAAUGAAAUUAGAGUAAUUGAUGACACUACGUUGCCCCGAGCCUUAGAUAUCCGGACUUUGACCACUUACAAAACGCCGUUUGGAUAUGACACUGAUUUGAUCUUGGGGAUCUCAUCGCAGCUGACGGAGAACCCUCAUCUCAUAGUAAUGAAUGUGGCUGGAGAAGUGUUGUCAUUGAAACUCAAAUCCCGAUACAUGGUUGAUGGUCCUAAGCUUCUUGUUGAUCCUACUGAUUCAAGGAAGUUGGUGUAUGCCGAUCUUACUGGGUCAUAUGAAGUGAUUUAUAUGGAGAAGGAAAUGAUCGACACUUUAAUGCAACUGCACAACAUCAACAAGUUGAAGAAAUCAAGAAAAUUUGGAUCUGUAGUGUCCACAAUCCAUCGUAUGCCUUCCAAACGAGCCAUUGAUAUUCAGUUCAUAUGGGACGGCAGUUUGGUGGGGUUAUUUGUUGAUUCCAUUGAUACAGUAUUACAGAUUAUCAGUGCUAAAGGGUCGCAGCUCAUACGAGGUAAUAUCACCACUUUCCAAGGAAUCAAGGAAGGUAUUUUGGUCAUUGAUUUAACCAAAGUGACCUUACUUUAUAAAUCUGAUGAUAAUGACAUUGAUAGUUGGAAAUCAACUACUUUAGCGAAUGAACUCCCACUCGAAGAAGGUGAAUUGGUGGAACAUUCAUGUAUCAUCACAGACCAUUUAACGUUGCUAAUAUCUAAUAGAGGUAUGACGUUUUUGGUUCAACAUAAGUUAGAUAAACCAACUGGAAUGGUCUCAGAAACUAUAAAGUCCUUGGGAUUGACCACAAUUCCCCAUAAGAUCAUGUAUUUAGGUGACUUAACCUUCUAUGUGCAAUCUUUGAAGAGUUAUCUGGUUAUAUUCAAGAUAAACGACCGGAAACCUUAUAUCUCCAUUGUGAAGAGAUUUGAAAGUGCCAAUCUGUCAACGGAUAUUAACGUUGGUACCAAGAAAUUGACUCAAGACAUUUAUGUAUGUCAAGGAAGUAUGUUUAGUGGGGAGUUGGUUAGAUAUCCACCUUAUAAGAACAAGCUUAUUAUGGCCGGCAUGAAGCAAGAAGAAUCUAAUGAACAAGCCCUAGUAACAAGAUACGCUAAUAGUCAAUGGAGAACUCAAAUCCCAGAUGACAUUAAGAACACCGUCUUGAACAUUGAUAUUAAUAACGAUAUUAAAGUUCUUGUUUGGGAUUGUAUCAAGGUGGGAUGUUCUAGAUGGUUAGCUUCAAGAGUUCUUCUGAAUUUUGAGGCACAAACUUGGUUCAUUGAUGAUGAACAAGAUUCUAAAGUAACUGUUCAACUAGAUACAUUCAUAAUGCCCACAGAUGCAUUUUUAACAGCAGAUAUUGAUAGAAAAGAAUCUUUUUACCUUUUGAUACUGUUUAUGGAUGGAACUCUUUGCAUUAUAAGACCUUUUGAUAGUAAUAAUAAUUAUCUCAGGUUAUCAACAGAUACAGGGUCAGUGUUAAAGGUAACCGAAUCAAGUUGGGGUGUUUAUCUAUUGUACAACGAGUAUGAUCUUUGGAUAUUCAAAGCAUGGAAUGGUGGGUGUAUUGAACGAUGUUCAACAGGGAAAAGACAAAGGAUUCGUUCAAUUAAAGGCUCAAAGGAUCUAUUCAAUAUAGACGUUCAGUUUGAUAAUGAUGAUGAUGAUGAUGGUGAUGAAGGUUCACCAGAAAGAUAUCAAAUAUGUAUGGGGAUACAAGAAUACGAAAGGAUCUUCUCCAAAUCAUACUAUUGGAAGUCCAUAGUUGUUAACGACUUUAUUAUAGUUCUUAGUCAGGACUUUAGACUGCUGAAAGUCGAUAAUUCCUCUUAUCAUUUAAUAGUCGUCGACAGGCUUUCGUUUAAGAUCAUUGAAACCUUUGAUUUUGACGAUGAUAAGAUCCCUAUUAACAUAAUCAAUGUGGACCCUAACACCACCAUAAGAAAUAAGGUUAGCAGUGUUCCAUAUCUCGAGGAAGAGGUUCAGCUAAACAAUAAGUUUAUUGUGGCCUUCCAAAGUCUUCCUGUUGCCUUAUUGUACUCUGUUGAAGGCGAAGGGAUCAAAAUUGAACGUCAACAAGGCUGGAAAUAUGAAAGUAUCAAGAAACAACAUGGGAAGGAAUUGAAGAUCUUUGAUUUUGUCCAGAUAAAUCCAAAGGAAGCAACGUUCAUGGCAGUUGGGGAUUUUAAUUUUGUUAUGGAAUUGAAACACAACCAAAUCUUUUAUUGGACUUACUACACCAACAUGUCAUGUACUUUACCACUUCCUAUUGUCAGCGCUGGUCUGUUACAUGAGUCUCGGAGCAUAAUUGCAUCCACUUGGCUAGGUGACUUGUAUUCUAUAAAGUUACCCCAAUGCAUAAGUGAUCAUGGGUACAUCGAGUCUAUGGGGAAUCUUGAAUCAUCUAAAAGAGUACAACAAAGUUUCUCCUCCACCAAGUUGUAUGCUAGGGCCGGAGUCUUCUUCACGUGCUUAAAGACCCAGGGCAGUGAUACAAUUGUAUUUGGCGAUUCUACAGGCAAGAUACAUGUCAAUAUUGGAUCAAAGUAUUACACCGAACAAGUGUGUGAUGCUCCUAUAAGGUCCAUUGGAAUUCUACCACAGGAUAAUGAUCAUACGGGUGUACAAUUCUUGGUUGCAAGGAUGCAACAUCGUUCUGCAUAG